AUGGCGCUUGUGGAGGUGGUGGUGGUGACAGCAUGGUGGUGGAGGUGGCAGCAUGGUGGUGGUGGUGGUGUUGGUUGUGGAGGUGGUGGUGGUGGUGGAUGUGGAGGUUUUGAAGGAGGUGGUGGUUGUGGUGGUGGUGGUUGUGGUGGAGGUGGAGGUGAAGGUGGAGUUGGUGGUGGUGGUGGUGGUGGUGGUGGUGGUGGUGGCCGUGGCGAUGGCGGUGGUUGUGGAGGUAGUGAAUGUGGUGGUGUAAGUGGUGGAGUUGGAUGUGGAAGUGGAGGUGGUGUUAUUUUUUAA